AUGUCCAAGACCUUCAGCAAGGACGACGUCGCGUCCCACAGCAAAGGCGACAGUCUAUGGAUCGUGAUCGAUGAGGACGUGUACGAUGUCACCAAGUUCCAAGACGAACAUCCUGUGGAAACUCACACCGGGACAGUUCUUCAGCGAGUCGCCGGGAAAGAUGCUUCGAAGCAAUUCUGGAAGUAUCACAACGAGGGAAUCUUGAGGAAGUAUAAGGCGCAGCUGCAGGUCGGCUCGUUGAAUACCAAGAAGGCCGCGGAGCCGACGCCAGCUCCCGCUGCCGCUCCCAAGAAAUCUGCUCCGGUCGCGCAAACCACCCCGACAGACUACCAGCCUGCUGCGACCGCCGAGCCCUUGGAGCCAUUCGGCGAUCUCAUUCCCUUUGCCGACCCGUCCUGGUACCAAGGCUACUCAUCCCCUUACUUCAAUGAUUCCCAUGUGGCUCUGCGUGAGGAAAUUCGGGAAUGGGUCAACACAGAGAUUGAGCCUUUCGUGACCGAGUGGGAUGAGGCCAAGCAGGUCCCCGAAAGCAUCUACAAGCAGAUGGGUGAACGCGGUUACUUGGCCGGUCUGCUGGGUGUCAAGUAUCCCGAAAAGCAUACCCCUAACCGAGUCAAGUCGGUCUCGCCGGAGCGGUGGGAUCUGUUCCAUGAGAUGCUGCUGACUGACGAGCUGUCGCGGGCCGGUAGCGGCGGUUUUGUUUGGAACCUCAUCGGCGGCUUUGGUAUCGGCUGCCCGCCCCUAGUCAAAUUUGGUAAGAAGGAGUUGGUUGACCGCAUCUUGCCUGGUAUCCUGGCCGGUGACAAGCGGAUCUGCCUGGCUAUCACUGAACCUGACGCCGGAAGUGAUGUCGCCAAUCUCGGCUGCGAGGCGAAACUCUCAGAAGAUGGGAAGUAUUACAUCGUCAACGGCGAAAAGAAGUGGAUCACCAACGGUGUCUGGUCUGACUACUUCACCACAGCGGUGCGCACUGGCAAGCCUGGCAUGGAAGGUAUUAGCGUGCUUCUGAUUGAGCGCGAAGCGGGUGGCGUGAGCACUCGUCGCAUGGACUGCCAGGGCGUCUGGAGCAGCGGCACCACCUAUGUCACCUUCGAGGACGUCAAGGUCCCCGUGGAGAACCUGAUCGGCAAGGAGAAUCAGGGCUUCAAGGUCAUCAUGACCAAUUUCAACCACGAGCGUAUCGGCAUUGUCAUUCAAUGCGUCCGCUUUGCGCGCGUCUGCUAUGAAGAGUCCAUGAAAUACGCCCACAAGCGCCGCACAUUCGGCAAGAAGCUUAUCGACCACCCCGUCAUUCGGAUGAAGCUGGCUCACAUGGCUCGCCAGAUCGAGGCCACUUAUAACUGGCUGGAGAAUAUCAUCUUCCAGUGCCAGUGCAUGGAAGAGACCGAGGCCAUGCUCAAGCUGGGCGGUGCCAUCGCGGGGUUGAAGGCCCAAUCGACACAAGUUUUCGAGUUCUGUGCCCGAGAGGCCAGUCAAAUCUUCGGUGGCCUGAGCUACAGCCGUGGUGGCCAGGGUGGUAAGAUCGAACGUCUGUAUCGCGAUGUACGCGCCUAUGCUAUCCCCGGUGGAAGUGAGGAAAUCAUGUUGGAUUUGAGCAUGCGACAGAGUCUGCGUGUCCACCAAAUGUUUGGCAUGAAGCUAUGA